AUCAAAUUACUUUUAUGGGUACAUCGCAUUACUGGUACAGCAUAUGUGACUGAACACGUGAUCAAGCUGGCGCUAGCCUUUAGCUAGUUAUUUUAGCAUGCUCAUCAGCUGCUUUAGUUGCUGUGUGAUAACACGAGGGGAAUACGACUCCAUACGACAUGUGUACAAAUAGAUCCAAUGAUUUUUCAGAGGUGGUUUAUGUGUUGUCCUUGGUGAUUUAGUCUCAUAUGAAGGCUCAUAGUGGGUGAAAGGUGGAUGGUGUCUACAUGUGAUUGUUCCUCUCUUUGCUCUUUAAAUGCUUUGCUUCUUUUAUUGAUUUUUAUGCUGAUUUUUCCCCCCCUUUUUUUCCGUAUGAGCUUACCUGCGAUAGCUUCUGGACACUUAUAGAUCAUUAGGACUAAAGUGUUUUUAACAGAAACAGCAGCAUUUUUAUAGUUACAUUAUCUUCAGAGCUCCGUGUGUCUCUGGCCUACAUACAGCUGAAGCCUGAUUACAGCGUCUGGGCACCGAACAGCCUCAAUUGCAGAUUAAUUUCCAACUGUGACAAACGUUGUUCUGCAUACUGGGUCAAACGAUGUGUCCAAACAACAGUCGGAGGUUCUGAAACGGGACUUUACUGGAUUAUUAAGCCAUGUUUCCGAAGUAACAAAGAGCCGACGGAUGGCCUGGAUUGCAGCCAUUCGAAGACCAAAUAUAACGUGUUGGCUUUAUUAAACGUUAGAUCUUUAGCUGGGAAAACAUUUUUAAUUAAUGAUUUAAUCACUGAGCACAGCCUUGAUUUUAUGUUUUUAACUGAAACUUGGUUGGACCAGAGUAACAGUGGAGCUGUUCUCAUCAAGUCAACCCCUCCCCUCCCCUAACUACAGUUUUAUCAGUGAGGCCAGGGUGAGCAGGAGAGGAGGAGGGGUUGCUGUCUUAUUUAAUGAACCAUUUCAAUGUAAGCAGCUAUCUCCUGGAAGUUUUCAGUCUUUUGAAUAUGUGGCUUUACAGCUGAAGGCCCCAUCCAAAGUUGUGUUUCUUAAUGUUUACAGGCCUCCCAAAUACUGCACAGACUUUUUUAAUGACCUCAGUGAACUGCUGUCUGUGAUCUGUGUUGAUUUCGACUGUGUAAUUAUUGUUGGGGAUUUUAACAUCCAUGUGGACAACCCUCAGGACAAAGGGACUAAAGACCUGAGUAACACUCUGGGCAACUUUGGGCUGACUCAGCAUGUAACAGAGGCCACACACAAUAGAGGACACACUCUUGACCUACUGAUCUCCAAGGGCCUGAGCAUUUCAAAGGUUACUGUGUCUGAUGUGGGCCUGUCUGAUCAUUACUGUGUUUACUUUGAAAGUAAAAUUUCAGCCCACAUAAAUAUAUCAACAGCAGUGAUCACAAAACGGUGUAUAACUGAACACAGUAGUGAGAUCUUUAACCAGGUCUUCCCAUUAACACCUGAUCUGUCCAGAGGUUCAGUCAAUGAGCUCGUCACUAGCUUCAAUGCUAAAAUGUUAAAUGUAAUGAACACUAUUGCUCCCAUUAAGGUGAAGGUUAUCUCUGGAAGUCUCCAUGGAGAAACUCCACACUGGUGAAAAAAGAGAGUGUAGGAAAGCUGAGCGCAGAUGGAGAAAAACAAACCUCCAGGUUCAUUAUGACAUCUAUAAAGAGAAACUUCACAAUUAUAAUUUACAACUGAGGAGUGCAAGGAGGUCCUACUUCUCUGACAUCAUCACCAAAAACAGUCAUAAUGCUUGGGUCUUAUUAACAGCUAAUAUGUCAUUUAGUUCUGUUUAUCAACCCUGGUGUGUGUUUUGGUUUUCAGUGCAGGAUCAAAUGUAUUUAAUGCUGCUUUUUUAGACACUGAUCUGAAAGGUAAAAGUGUGUGUAGAAGCAGCUUUGUUGGAUUUUGGUGAAACAUAGUGUGAAUCUUUUUUUCUUAAUUCGGCAUCUUUACAGGGUUUCACUGUGUGGCCUUUCUGGAAAACGUAGGCCAACUUAUGAAAUGAGAGCAUGCACCGCCCUCCAAGAACUGUCAGCUUUGCUCGUUUUAUGUCCCCGGUAAUGGACGGAAUAUUUUAUGGCUCUUAAUGUUUAGAGACAAUAGCGAGGUACUGACCUGUGUGUCUCUUUAAACUGUAGACUUUAAAUUCUAAUGCUACAUAUUAUUUAUCUUGCACUGAGUCUGCUUGGCAUAUGCUAUAUAUAAAGGCCUUUCGAAAAUGGCGUAGAGGCAGCGUUUUGAUUAAUUUAUUACAAAAUUAAUUUCUGGGAAGUUUUUAAUUUUCCUCCUGUGGCUAUAAACAGUAUCACUGGUGCAUGUUUUUUUUGUUUAUUUGUGAAACUGAGUGUGGUUGUGGACAAUUCCGACACUGCACUGUUUAAUUUGAGUUUCUCUGGGAAUUGUGAAGCUAAACUAGAGCUUACAAGUUUUGCCCCUAGGGCCAGUGCGAGGUUGUGCGACAGAUCCCAGUGUGGAAGCUGAGGGACCAGUUGGCCGGAGGAAAUACCAGGUGAUGCCUGGACUUGCGUUGGAGCCGUCUUUGCUAGGUGGGCGUUGCUUAUGCAAAAGAGAAAAGCAACAAUACAACGUGUUUCUCUGCUCAAGACACCUGCGGUCUUUUCACACAGUAAGCAUGUCUGUUAUAGCCUGCACUUUCAUAAAUGUCUGUCUGUCAGUGCUGGUUAUUCAAACAUUUCCUAUACAGCAGACCUUCCCAAAGUGUGGGGCCCGCCCCCUAGGGGGGGCGCAGAGCCAUUGCAGGGGGGGCGCGGCAUGAAAAGGAAAAAACAAAACAAAAAAACAACGGCUUGGACACUGCCAGCACGGGGCGCCUCCACAAACGCAAAGCAGGAGAUGAAGCAUCGCUGAAUAUGUUUCCAAACCAACUUCCUUCCAAGACAAAGACUAGAAAAUAUGGUGAAGCAUAUCUUCCCUUUGGUUUCACCUGCACAAGUGCCGAGGUAGGUCUCCCCUGCUUAAUUGGUUUUCCCUGCAUCGGGAGCACGCACUGAGUUGUUGAAAUCACAGACAAACAGUAUCCCACAUUCUUGAUUUUUAGUUCACAAACACUUGCUGUAAUGACUAACUACUCCUGACAUUUUGGAGAUGUUAGCUCUUUAUACAGUAAAGUUACAGUGGGAUACAAAUAAUAUCAGGCUGAUCCUGCUGUAAUUUGUCCCCCCUGUUCAAAUCAUGGACAAACAGCAUCCAACAGUUGUUUAUGUUUUUGAACCCAUUUUGCAGAGGGAUUGAAAAAUGUAUUGAUAGCAAUGUUGAAUAUUAUUACACAGAGAAAAAAACAACUACAUGUAAAAUAAUCACACCGUGACGCCUCUGCCUUUCUAAAUGGAGGGACAGUAACUGCGUGUGUGUAUGUAAGAGUGUAAAACCUGCAGAUAGUCAGAUUAACAGUAUUGUGUCUCUAUCUGCCAUUCUGCAAUUCAUCUCAUGUAAACAAUAACGUGGCGCACAGCGUGACGUGAAAAAAGGCACAUACCUUUGACGUUGCGUGAUGAACUCUGUAUUCCUCGUCCACAUGUAAACGCAAAAAAGGAGUUUUAAAAAAUCUCCGUUUUCGGUGAUUCCAAACGCCGUUUACGUGUGGAUGAAACAGCUGCGCUUUCAAAAAUACCCGUGUAGGUGUGGACGUAGCGCAAAAGAGUUAGUUUAUUUUCUUACUACCUCUAAUUUAUUGCAGAUUACUUGUAUUUGCUUAAUUGUUUACUAAAUGUUUGAGGUGUGAAAUAAACCGCAAUGGAGCAAAAUAUGGGUGUGUGUGUGGUCGGAGGAUGUGUGCGUGCGUGUGCGCAUGCGCGCGUGAGGGGCCAACAUUUUUCUUGUAAAACAAAGGGGGGCCCAGCAGAAAAAGUUUGGGAACCACUGCUAUAGAGGAUGGGCCGUUUAUAUGGAUACACUGUAAUAACAUGGGAAUGGUUGGUGAUAUUAAAGUCCUGUUUGUGGCACAUUAGUAUAUGAACUGCUCCCAACAAACAUAGAUGUUUACAUCAGCACUGUAAGUGCAAAAAGUUAACCAACUGAUUCGCACUACAACCUGGUUUGCCUCUUACUUGUAGUUAUUUUUAUUUAAUUUAAUAACUGUACAAUACUCUGUAUAUAGUAACCAUUGUCCUUAAUGUAAAUAUUUAAGAAAAAUUGUGUAUGUUUCUGUUCUGUGUCCUGUGUACUGUUUGUUUGUAUAUGUGUCUUUUUGCUGCUGUUACAACCAAAUUUCCCCUUGUGGGACAAUUAAAGGAUUAUUCUAUUCUAUUCUAUGUGAGGGGGCAAACUCCUCAAGAUGGGUGGUGACUAGGGCUGGGCCAUAUCAUACCGUUCACGGUAAUACCGGUAUAAUGUUGGGCAACGAUAAGAAAAUGAAAUAUGGCGAUCGAAUAUGGGUAAAACGCGCAUGCGUAGUGCCUUUGUUUUCAUACGCACAUGGCGUAAAAAGUAUGACGGAGAAUGAGAAGGGCGAAAGCGGAUCGUUGAAUGAAACAGAUGAACCAGAAGUGGUUUGUAAAAAUGCUGCAACUUCAGUGGUGUGGAACUGAUUUAGCUUUCGUCCGUCAGAUACACAGCAAAGCACUAUUUUUGGUAGAGCAUGCUAGCGGGCCGUCGUUAUUACCGUGUUUUUUGGAAAAUACGGCACACUUAAAAUCAAUCCUUUGAUUUCUCUGAAAAUCGACAGUGCCCCUUAUAAUCCCGUGUGCCUUAUGUAUGAAUUCUGGUUGUGUUUACUGACAUCAAAACGAUUUUAUGUGGUACAGGGCGCUCGAAAAUCUGUCAAAUGUUUUAGUACGACUUUGCUAAGCUACGAAGCCGCACCGCUUGAUGGAUUGUCGGAGCAUUACGGCUAUCGUAGGCAGGAGCCUCGUGGAGUGAUACGUACUGUGCUUCAACAUAAUAUUACCGUAUUGUGUGUGUAUAACCUCUUUUUAAGUUUUGUGGAUGUUAUACAUGGUUAUACUGAGGAUAUGUCGGCCAGUUUCCACUGGAAAUGCCUUUUGGUUAAACUGUCAGCAAGGAAUUUGCAUUUGCACUGUUAAAUUUUUAUGUAACUUUAAUGCACAUAAAAAACAGCUGCUUGUUUAAGUGAAAAUACAUUGAUGGGGUUUUUUGCACUAAUAAAGUUGUGGAGUUGUAAAGUAUUUUGUCUAGUGUCAAGUAUAUCAUCAGUUAUAUCGUUAUCGCAAAUUUUCAAAUGUAUAUCGUGAUAAAUAUUUUUGGUCAUAUCACCCUGCUCUAGUGGUGACCAUGGUGGCCAUUUAGAAGUCGGCCAUCUUGGAUACAGCUUUUGUUUUUUCAAUAGGAAGAGGGCCAUGUGACACAUCAGACUUAUUGGUAAUGUCACAAGAAAAACAAUGGUUUGGUUUCAACGUAACUUUAUUCUUUCAUGACUUAAUAACAAGUUUCUCUUUGUUCACAGCCAUUGACCUGUCGAAGAAGUUGACACAUGAGGAACCGAUCGAAAUCGUGUUGAUAUCUGGUGCUCUCCAGACGGAACAAAUAAAAUCAGACUGACCCUGCCGCAAUUUGUUCUCCUGUCUAAAUCAUGGUCAAACGUGGUUUGAGAACGUUUUAUGUUGAGCGUUAAUAUGAAUCGAGUUUUAACAGACGUCUUUUUCCUGUUAUCAGGCAAAGCGUCUUCGGUGUGUUGAAAUUAGCCUGUCCGAUACCAUGUGAGAACAAUUAAUGUAGCAUUUUCUGUUGUAACCCACAAACUGAACGUAAUGUACCGACACUCACUUACUGUUUCACAUAAGUAAAACAUCGCAGUAAUGCCCUACAUUAAAUCUAACUGAAUUGCAAAAUAAAGAUCUGUUUGAUGUCACAGGGGGACUGGCAUUGGGAGAAGAGUCGGGCGGAGGAACAGCUCAGCACUGCAGUUACAGGGCUUAGAGGGAACAUGUUCUGCCCGGUGGUGUAGGGUCCUGAUUACUCCAAGUUUGUGUUCCAGAGGGUGGUGGGAGUCAAAGAGGAGGUACUGGUCCGUGAGAGAUGUGGGAAAGCAGGCCAAAACCUCAACACAUUGAGGACAUCAGCAAAAAACAGCCAACGCCGGCAAGCACAGAUCCAGUUGUUGUCCCUUUGACCACUAUGAAGCAGCCCAGAAGACGCCAGUGCAUCGAUAGUGGGAACAGAAGCUUUACCUGUGAUCAGUGUGGAAAGUCUUUCACUCGGAGUAGCAGCUUGAAAGUACAUCAGCUCAUCCAUACUGGAGUCAAAGCAUUCAGCUGUGAUCAGUGUGGAAAGUCUUUUAAUCGACUUGGUCCCUUAAAAACUCAUCAGGUCAUUCAUACUGGUAUUAAGGCAUUCAGCUGUGAUCAGUGUGGAAAGUCUUUUGCUCUGAGUAGCAACUUAAAAAGACAUCAGCUCAUUCAUACUGGUGUCAAAGCAUUCAGCUGUAAACUGUGUGGAAAGUCUUUUACUCUGAGUAGCAACUUAAAAGUACAUCAGCUCAUCCAUGCUGGAGUCAAAGCAUUCAGCUGUGAUCAAUGUGGAAAGUCCUUUAAUCGCCCUGAUCACUUAAAAGCGCAUCAGGUCAUUCAUACUGGUGCCAAGGCAUUCAGCUGUGAUCAGUGUGGAAAGUCUUUUACUCAGAAAAGCGACUUAAAAACACAUCAGCUCAUCCACAGUGGAGUUAAAGAAUUCAGCUGUAACCAGUGUGGAAAGUCUUUUACUCAGAAAAGGUACUUAAAAACACAUCAGGUCAUCCACAGUGGAGUUAAAUCAUUUGUUUGUAGUCAGUGUGGAAAAGCGUUUACUCAGAUUGGUAACUUAAGAAGACAUCAAGUCAUGCAUGCUGGAGUUAAAUCAUUUGUUUGUGGUCAGUGUGGAAAAGCUUUUACUCAGAUUGGCCACUUAAGAAGACAUCAAGUCAUCCAUGCUGGAGUUAAAUCAUUUGUUUGUGGUCAGUGUGGAAAGGGUUUUACUCAGAUUGGCCACAUAAAAACACAUCAGCUCAUCCAUGCUGGGGUCAAAGCAUUCAGCUGUGAUCAGUGUGGAAAGUCCUUUACUCAGAUUGGUCACUUAAAAAGACAUCAAUUCAUCCACAGUGGAGUUAAAGCAUUUGUUUGUGGUCAGUGUGGAAAAGCUUUUGCUCACAGUUACAGGUUAAAAGUACAUCUGCUCACCCACAGUGGAGUUAAACCUUUCAGUUGUGAUCAGUGUGGAAAGUCAUUUACUCUGAUUGGUCACUUAAAAAUGCAUCAGCUCAUCCACAGUGGAGUUAAAGCAUUUGUUUGUGGUCAGUGUGGAAAGGCUUUUGCUCACAGUUACAGCUUAAAAGUCCAUGAGCUCAUCCACCCAGGAGCUAAACAUUUCAGCUGUGAUCACUGUGGAAAGUCGUUUGCACGGCUUGGUUACUUAAAAGCACAUCAGGUCAUUCAUACUGGUGUCAAGGCAUUCAACUGUGAUCAGUGUGGAAAGUCCUUUAAUCAGAAAAGAGACUUGAAACAACAUGAGCUAAUCCACAGUGGAGUUAAAGCAUUUGUUUGUGGUCAGUGUGGAAAGACUUUUACUCAGAGUAGCACUUUAAAACAACAUCAGCUCGUCCAUACUGGAGUCAAGACAUUCGGCUGUGAUCAGUGUGGAAGGUUUUUCACUCGGAGUAGCAACUUAAAACAGCAUCAGCUCGUCCAUACUGGAGUCAAGACAUUCGGCUGUGAUCAGUGUGGAAGGUCUUUCACUCGGAGUAGCAGCUUAAAACAACAUCAGCUCGUCCAUACUGGAGUCAAGGCAUUCGACUGUGCUCAGUGUGGAAAGUCUUUUGCUAGGUUUCAUCAUCUAAAAAAUCAUCAGCUCAUCCACACUAAAGUUAUUCCACUGAAAUAUGAGCAGUGUGAAGUCUUUGAUCCAUAACACAAACCUAUUGAGUCAUCAGCAAACCCACAAAGUGUCCUGCUGUGACAAAAGUGGCAGACUAAUGGGACAUUAUCCUGACAAAGUUCAUUUGAACACAGCUAGAAACUCGAGGGAUCUGAACCAAAGCUCUUCUGCUGGGUCAAUCUUAAUCAGGCUUUACAGAAUUCAGCUUUAAUCUCCUGUUCAGUGUUACUGUGUGGAAGUCCAUUAAAUCAGUUAUGACCUCAUAAGUGUUGCAUAUUCAUUUCACUUUUAUUUAUAUAGCGUCAGAUCACAACAAAAGUUGCCUCAAUGCACUACAGUAGAUACAGAAAAAAAACCCAACAAUCAUAUGACUCCCUGGGAACAAGCACUUUGGCGAGGGGGGGAAGGAAAAACUCCCUUUUAACAGGAAGAAACC